AGAAACAUCUCCAGAUUCUUUGAGCUACAAAGAAAGCAAUGCUAUAGUGAUAUCGAACCGGGAUGCUUCAAAAUAGUCGAACCAGGGAGUGCAACUGUGGCCAAGAUGGACGCAUCCUUGCCGAGAUGGCCUCUUUCUUGUUCUUCGACUCCGAUUCUUCUUUCACACUGCGUGGCCACAAAGACAAGGAAUGACGGACACAGAAUCGGGAUUCAUUCAAGGUCUCCGUCUAUUCCAUCCCCUUUGAGAACUCCAUGUUCCUAUGAUAUACUGCGACCGUCACAACUAUUCCCGGAAAAAAACAGAAUGAUCAUGGGUUUGCUCAUUGGAUGUUUCACUGACCAUCUCCUGCCUUUUAUCUAUGUUCAUCCCGACGAAAACAAUCCUGGUGUGCAUCGCACUGCUGGUGUACCUCGAGAACACUAACCUGGCCAGCAGCAUAACUAUCAACAACAAUAAGGAAGCGCCGGUCAGAUACCUCAGACAGCCUCAUGUCUCUCAACAGCUUAUCCAUAGAGACUGGCACAAGCGGAUGCUUUGUGCCGUUGAG